AUGGAUCUUGCUUUUAAAAUCAUGAUGCUCUUACAAAGUCUUUGCUUUUUCUAGGUCACGCAUUUAGAACCAUGGGAAAAAGGUAGUAGGAAAACAUCUGGUCAGACAGGAAUGUGUGGUGGUGUUCGAGGGGUAGGAGCUGGAGGAAUAGUUUCAACUGCUUUUUGCAUUCUUUACAAGCUAUUCACAUUGAAGUUAACUCGAAAGCAAGUGGUAGGUUUGAUAAACCACAAUGAUUCCCCAUACAUACGAGCAUUAGGCUUUAUCUAUAUUAGGUAUACACAGCCGCCUGCUGAUUUAUGGGAUUGGUAUGAGCCUUAUCUUGAGGAUGAAGAAGAAAUUGAUGUGAAAGCUGGUGGAGGUCAAGUUAUGACAAUAGGAGAAAUGUUAUGUCAUUUCCUUUCUAAAUUAGAAUGGUUUUCAACACUUUUUCCUCGAAUACCUGUUCCCAUACAGAAGGAUUUGGAAAGGAAGCUUUCAAACUGGAGGGCAAAAACUAAAAAGCACUCUGCUACACUGGACGCUUCAGAUGUUGGAGAAGUUGAUCAGCAGUCUUCUGUUGAAAGCCAUUGGGAAGAUGAUGCUCUGAUUGGCCACAGCUCUGUGCAUUCAGAAUCAAAAAUCAGAGAUUCUGCUGAAAACAUAAAAGAAUCUGGAUUUGAAAUAGAUGUAGCUGAAGAAAUUGCAAGAGAAAAAGAGCGACAAAGACGAGAUCGAGACAAACAUGGGAAAUCAUCUAAGCAUCAUCAUUCAUCUGAGCGACAUAAAAACCAUUCUAGCCAUAGAACUCGAAGUAGAAGUCCAUUGGAUUCAAAAACUAACAGAGAAGAUGAAACAAGAAAACACUGGUCGAAGCAUCGGGAAACGGACAGAGUUUCUGAGCAUUUUAGGCAUAGAGAUCAUAGCUCCCAUCGCAAAGACAGUGAUUUAAAUUAUGAAAAGCUUUCUAAGGAAAGAAAACAUCCUCACGAUUCAGAUUCUGAAAAAUUUUCUAAAGACAAAAAACAUUCUCAUGAACGAAAAAGAGAUGUAUCUCAUAGCCACAGCCAUGACAAAAAACAUAAUCAUGGUCAUUCACGGAACAAAAGCAAAUAUUAAAUAUGAAUUACCCUAGGAUUUUUUAAAAGAAGACACAAAUAUUAAAUGUUAAUAUCAGUUAUGGCCUCUUUUGUAGUUAAAUUCAUUAAUCAUUUGUUAUAAUGUUACAUAUACAGGGUGACUCAGAAUUUAUCAUCAGUAUUUGGUGUGGAGGUAGGGAAUAGGAAAGGAAGGAGAUUUCACAUAGGAAAGUAUGGGUGCAGAGUAACGCAUGGUGGUGUAGAGAGCACUGUGUGUUCACAACUUCCAUACAUAAGCACAGCUGUUCGACAUGUGCAGCCAGUCGUCAUUCGACUAGGUGACUGUGCAGAAGUAACAUGAACCGGUAUACAUGGAAUUAACUUGCAGAUAUGCAUAUAAAUGCCAGGCAUAUUCCAGAAGGUCCAGUUGUCCAUGCAAUGCCAUGGUGAGUCAUGCAUUCAAGCACAUGGUCAGCAGUUCAAGCACCUCUUGUAAGUCUGUAAAACCGAUGCAAAGAAAUGUUACAUGUAAGAUAAUGUUUUUUCCUUUACUAUUUCCUUUUUAUAUGUUCUUUCCAUAAUUGAACUGGGGUCAUUUUGCCCUACUACAUAACACAUGCACUCAUGCAUUCCUAUGUAAAAUCUUCUUUUCCUAUUCCCUACCUCUGCACCAAAUAUUGAUGAAUUCUAAAUCGCCCUGUAUGAAAAAAAAAAAAAAAAUGUGAUUUACAUGUGAGUUUACAUGACCACUCACUGUACUUUUAAAAUAUUUGUUUACCAGAUUCAGUGAAAGCUGAUAAUGACUGCAUGAGACCACAGCCAGGGCUAUGUUAAUGAUUUACAAUUAAUAAUUUUGCAACUGCUUUUGACUAAAUUAAUGUGCGUUUACUGAAAAUAAGUGAACUUAAAAGUUGAUAAUUCACAUAUGUGAGAGGUUUCUCUUCUGUAAAAAAGGCAUACAACAUAUUUUUAAUAUUUAUUACAGAACUAUUAUGAAAUACAAUUAAUAUUCAUAUUCUGCAUCAGCUGUCUGCAUAAACAGGAAUUAUUAGCUGGUUACCUUUGGUCCACUAACUUGCAAAAAAUCUUAGCAGUGGCACCACUCUUAUGCGAGAUCACAUACACUGAAAUAUUUUUGAUGCAAAGUUGAAAUGUAUCAUUGUAGGCUUCCCAUCUGAUUGCAGUUGUUCAUCCCAGUAAGAAACCUCCCAAAGCUUCAUCUUGAUAAGGACUUUUGGAAGGUGCACCCUGUUAAACACCACAUUUUUAGAAGGAAUAGUUAGGUGAAACUUGUUUGGUUUUGAGAAUAAGCUUUGGAUAAACCCUAGUUAAAACCUAAUAACUUUCUAUAUUAGUUAUUUCAUGUAAAAAUCUGAAAAAUAAAUGAAUUUUAACACGUAUUGUGCCUUAUGAACUUGAUGUACCAUUACAAAAACAGAAUUUUUGGUUCAGAUGAGGAUCUGAUCUCUAGUGUUACUGUGCAACCUCUUUUGCUUGUAUUUUUUCAUUUUUCAAAUAAAGCAGCAUUUCAACAGCAAACUUAUUUUCAGUUUCAUUAUGCAUAUCAUUUGUGAUGGCAUUUGAGUUUGAUGUUCUUUAUCAAAAUUGAGGAAAGCAACCAGCUGAACAGCAGAUUUGCAUCUAAAGCAAGUGUUUAAAGGCAAACUGGCUGAUAAUUUUCAGAAACUGUUUAAAAAGUAACUAAGUUGUGUUACAGCUCAAACAAAUUUGAGUUCCAUCACCACUAAUAAUUCUGCAAGGAAUUCUAUAUUUUAAUAAUACUUCAACUAAGGUAAUAUCUUAUUUAUUAGUACUGUCUGUCGUUGGGUAAUGAAAGUGUUUCUAUCCAUUUAAUGACAUCAUUGGUUCUGAAAAUUCUUUUUAUCAUUACUGUCUGAAAGUAGUCCAAAAAGUUCUUUAAGAAGGAUUCCAAAUCUUAAGUGAGGCAUAGGGAUUUGUAUUAGUCCAGCUAAUCUUUUGUUUGAAAUCUUUUAUAUUUUAACCAUAAAUGCUGUCCUUUAAAUGCUUGUAAACAAUCUGAUCAAUAUAGUCGAUUCCAUUUUCUGGUCACCUCUUUUUCUAGAUCACUUACUUCUUUUCUCACUUUAUUCCAUGGUGGAAAUGAAACUGAAAGAUUGUCUUUUAUAUUCUUAUGCUGUUUAAUGAGCUAAUUGCACCUGGAUGGGAAAUUCCCUCGUUUUUCUUAUGCAGUGUAUGUAGCCUGCUUCUUUCAAUUUCUAUUAGAUUUUCUUAAUUUUAUGUUAGCACAUUUGUUUGGCACAGAUGACUGGUGUAAGCAGUUUUUCAAAUUAACCAUCCAGCUCCUUAAAUCUCGGCUAUUUCUUGGUGCAGACCAAGAAAAGAGUAAUUUUCAUUGGCAUCUGGAAUUCUAAUUAAUAUUUUCCUUCAUCUAUUUCAACAAUCAUUUAUAUUGUGUAGCAUUAUAUAAAGGACUGUUGACAAUUGGCUGUAGUAAUUGUCAGAUUUGGGUUCUGAAACUACUGCCAUUUCUUUAAAUUCUAAAGCUACUUCUGGAAUGACUGUGUUACAUGCAUAGCUAUUAAAUGAUAAUUCAUUAAAAUAAUAUAUUGUUUUAAAACCCAUUAUUUAAAUGUAGUUCAAAACUUAAUGCAAAAAUCAUUGAAAUACUGUUAUGCAGCUCUGGCUCUUGAUGAUGAUGGAAUGCCAUUUUCCGAGAAAUGUUUAAAAUAAAAGUCCUGCCUGUGGUCUUCUAAAAAAUGUCUUUGUAAAUAUUGUUUACAAAAUAUUGUACCAAAUACUUCCCAGGAAGUUGGUGUAAAUAUGCUGGGUAUGAUUUUAUAAAAUCAAAUUUAUUGUAAUUUAUAAACACUUUCAUAAUUUCAACUUUGUACAUUUGAUGGUGGUCAUAUGAUCUGCAAACAGGCAUUUGUAAAUAAUGAUGAAUGCAUAAUUAAUGGUGAAUAAAAAAAAUCUGCAAGGACUUA